CCCAGGGCUACUCGGCUAAUGCGGCGCGUGAUUGCGCACCCCGUCUGGCCCACUAUGUCCUGCCCAUCCCCAACAAAGGACCGUCCGAGUGGCACUACGCCGUGGUGUCGUUCUUUGGGCCGUAUGUGGGUGCGUUCUUCGGUGGGCUGUUCAUGGUGGCGGCGCGUCAGAUGAACCAGUACCCCGACUGGGCGUGGGAGAAGAUCAAGACGCAGACUAUGUUUGGAGGCCUCACGGAUGUCUUCUAGGCACCGCAGUCACCCACGCAUAGCCUCGGUACAUGCACCCAAAUCAUAAAAAGGGGACUGCUAUUGGGUGCAGCUUAUUAGGUGCGACUAGUUACAGUUGAAGCAGAGUCCUCUUCUGCGGGCUCGUGGUUCUUUGCGGAGACACUGUGUGGCUGCCGUCAGCGGUGCGCAGAGACGUUAGCUCUCGCAUGCAACCCUAAAACCCUACACGUAUGUAAGCAAAGUAGAUACCUUUUAAAAAUAAAUAUUAAAUGUCAACUCA